CAAUAAAACUCUGCAAGUCUCCAAAACAGUGUUAAAGAAAUAGCUUCUUCUUCUUCUCCACGUAGCAACGCAAGCAAACAUGAACAGGCUUUCUGUUAGCAGAAGAAUUGUGUCGAAUAUUCAUGGAUUCAGAUCUGUGCAGAGGCUUUUAUGCAGUAAUACAGGUGUUAAAAAUCCCGAUUUUGUCAGUGAAAAGAAGCCUUUGGACAAGCCUGGGUUAACAGAUGACAUGCCGCAAUAUGAUAUUGCUAUUGUUGGAGGUGGUAUGGUUGGGAUGGCUCUAGCGUGCUCCUUAGCAACUAUGCCAUUGACAAAGCAACUAAGUGUUGCCAUCAUUGACAGUAAUCCUGCCUUGUUGAAUAACUUUCACAUCAAGAAAGAGGACCCCCCAGAUCCACGGGUCAGUACGGUCACACCUGCCACCAUUUCUUUCUUCAAAGAUAUGGGUGCAUGGAAAUUUGUUCAGCAGCACCGUCAUGCUUACUUCGAUAAAAUGCAGGUCUGGGAUUAUACUGGUCUGGGUUAUACAAGGUACAAUGCAAGAGAUGUUGAUGCAGAUGUUCUUGGGUGCGUGGUGGAGAAUAAGGUGCUACACAAAUCCCUGUUAUCAUGCAUACAGAAUAUGGAUUUUCAGAAGACAAUAUACUCAUCCAGGUUAAGUUCAAUAACCUUUCCCGCAAGGUCAUCAGUGACAAGCUCCAGUAGCACAUCAUCAUCUGCUAGUGGAAGUUCAGCAAAGUUGGAACUGGAUAAUGGAAACAGCAUGUAUGCGAAGUUAGUGGUUGGAGCUGAUGGGUCAAAAUCAUGUGUUAGGGAACUGGCAAGAAUACAAACAACUGGAUGGAAGUACCCGCAAAGCGCGAUCAUCUGUACUGUAGAACAUGCAGUAGAGAACUUCUGUGCUUGGCAAAGAUUUCUUCCUAAUGGUCCAAUUGCACUUCUGCCCAUUGGUGAAAAGUUCAGCAAUAUUGUCUGGUCAAUGGACCCCAAGGAAUCUGUUGACAGGAAUUCAAUGUCAGAGGAUGACUUUGUAAAAGCAGUGAACUACGCACUGGACAGUGGAUAUGGUCCUCAUCCACAAUCCAAAUCAUUUGAGGGUGGAAAUGUAUUUUCUUGGCUCAAAGCUGACAGCACUUCAUCAACACAUGAGGGCUUUGAAGUGCCACCAAAAGUUCUUAAGCUAGCCUCUCAUAGAAUGGCCUUCCCUUUGUCUUUAAUGCAUGCUAAUAGCUAUGCAUCAAAACGUCUAGUUCUUAUUGGUGAUGCAGCACAUACAGUUCAUCCGCUGGCUGGCCAAGGAGUUAAUAUGGGAUUUGCAGAUGCGCUCUGUCUUUCUAAAGUCCUCGCUGAAGGCGUUGCAGUCGGAUCUGACAUUGGGGAGGUAACUCUUUUACAGAGAUAUGAAUCAGAGAGGAAAGCUGCAAACAUUACAAUGAUGGCAAUCCUAGAUGGUUUUCAGAAGGCAUAUUCUAUUGACUUCAUGCCAAUAAAUGUACUCAGGGCUCUUGCAUUCAAUGGGGCACAAUAUAUUUCUCCACUUAAAAGGAAGAUCAUUUCAUAUGCCUCAGGCAACCAGUUGCCUCCUCUUUUCACAUGAUGUGACUGUUGGAUUUUUCCAAUGAUAUUGGUGGAAAUGUCUUUUAACUUUUGUUUGUUGAUAUGAAUAAAUAAUUUUAACAAUCGUUUUCACUCUCUAUAAGAAUCAUGGUGAGAUCUUAACCGUUUAA